AUGGCACCUCCAAACGGAGCCGCCGCCGACCUCACACAACCCUUGGUGGACUCCCACCUCCACCCGGACCCGCUCCCUUCCCCCAAAUCUCCCCCGCCGCCGCCGGCAGAGCCGCCCCACUGCGGCAGCAACGAGCUCGAGAACGUCCUGUCCGAUUCCAACCUCCCCUUCGCCGCUAGGUUCAGGCGGGCCACCGCCAUCGAAUCGAAGCUCCUCUUCCACCUCGCCGCCCCCGCCGUCAUCGUCUACAUGAUCAACUACCUCAUGUCCAUGUCCACCCAGAUCUUCGCCGGCCACCUCGGCAACCUCGAGCUCGCCGCCGCCUCCCUCGGCAACACCGGCAUCCAAGUCUUCGCCUACGGCCUCAUGCUGGGGAUGGGAAGCGCGGUAGAGACACUGUGCGGGCAAGCCUACGGAGCCCAAAAGUACAAAAUGCUGGGGGUCUACCUCCAGCGGUCAACCGUGCUCUUGACCCUGACCGGCGUCGUUUUGACCCUAGUCUACGUCUUCUCCCGCCCCAUCCUGAUCCUCCUGGGCGAGUCGCCGGAAAUCGCCUCGGCCGCGGCCGUGUUCGUGUACGGGCUGAUCCCGCAGAUCUUUGCGUACGCCAUCAACUUCCCGAUCCAGAAGUUCCUGCAGGCGCAGUCCAUCGUGGCGCCGAGCGCGUACAUCUCGGUGUUCACGCUGGCGAUCCACCUGGUGCUGAGCUGGGUCGCGGUCUACAAGCUCGGGAUGGGCCUGCUGGGCGCGUCGCUGGUGCUCAGCCUGUCGUGGUGGAUCGUGGUCGCGGCCCAGUUCCUCUACAUACUCUAUAGCAGCAGGUGUAAGUACACGUGGGACGGGUUCAGCUCGCAGGCCUUUGUUGGGCUCGGCGGGUUCUUCAAGCUGUCCGCCGCCUCCGCGGUGAUGCUGUGCCUGGAGACCUGGUACUUCCAGAUCCUCGUCCUCAUCGCCGGCUUGCUCCCCGAUCCUGAACUCGCGCUCGACUCCCUCUCGGUCUGCAUGACGAUAUCGGGAUGGGUGUUCAUGAUCUCCGUUGGCUUCAAUGCCGCCGCAAGUGUGAGGGUGGGAAACGAAUUGGGAGCAGGUCACCCGAAAUCGGCGGCGUUCUCCGUGACGAUGGUGACGUCGAUGUCAUUCGUGAUCGCCGUCAUCGCCGCCGUGGUCGUGCUGGCUUUCCGCAACGUGGUCAGCUACAUCUUCACCGACGGGGAGACGGUGGCCGCCGCGGUCUCCGAUCUCUGCCCACUCCUUGCCGUCACCCUCGUCCUCAACGGGAUCCAGCCUGUCUUGUCGGGUGUGGCUGUUGGGUGUGGAUGGCAAGCAUUUGUGGCUUACGUCAACGUUGGAUGUUAUUACUUCCUCGGAAUCCCGCUCGGCAUUUUCUUUGGGUUUUACCUCAAUUACGGCGCUAAGGGAAUUUGGACGGGAAUGAUUGGCGGGACGGCGCUACAGACGGUGAUUUUGUUAUGGGUGACAUUCCGAACGGAUUGGGACAAAGAAGUGGAAGAGUCUUUGAAGAGGUUGAACAAGUGGGACGACAAGAAACAACCACUCCUCGAAUGAUUGGUUAUUUUUGGGAUGAUGGUGGUAUAGAUAAUGAGACGUUGAUGGUCGUCGACUGACCGAGAACGAGCCAAAGCUAGCCGACGGCCGGAACCUACCGGAGCAUUGUGCAAGAGAGAGAUAGAGAGACAGAGGGCGCCGUAUACAGUUUGUUCUGUUUGGGGAUAUCAAUUAAUUUGUUAAUUAAUUGGGGUAAAUUAGUGUGUGGGGAAAUUGUGUAAUGGGUGGUGUUUACGUUGUUCCAUUUUGUAACAAGUCUCUUUUUAAUUAGUGAUAAUAUAUAUAAUUAAUAAUUAAUAAUCAAUA